AGUUAAGUUCUCCUCCUACAGCUUACCCCCUAGUGCGUCGAAAGCCAUAGCGUCGCGAAUACUUCAUCACUCAAUGUGAUUCAAAUUGGGGACGGUAGCUGAGAUUAAGAGCUACAACAUCUCCAAGUUUCGCGACAUUCCAACGGCUAGUUGUUUGUCGACAUCGUUUCUUGUGAAGAUGACUUUUCUGUCCAGAAUUUCGGAUUUGUAUUUUGAGUAAUUCUAGCUCCUAAGUUCACCUAGACUCCGUCCUUAAUCCUAACAGGCUGAGCUGCUGAGGAGACACACCUACACUGACCAAGGAGAGUUGCGUCGCUACCUUGACCUGCAGAAACAGAGCAGUGCCCACCAUCACUCUCACACAGUCACACUUGGUGCGCAAGGUCCUUCAGAGGUUCGCUCUUCAGUUCUCCUCUACACAACCCACACCUCUGCCAGUAGAUCACAGGCUCUCGGCUCCAGUCCCUGAGGAUUCAGUAGAGCCUAGUGGUCUGUACGCAGAGCUGGUGGGCUGCCUCAUGUACCUGAUGACUUGCACUCGUCCAGAUCUUGCAUACCCUCUCAGCAUCCUGGCUCGCUUUGUGGCCACAGUGACAGAGAGAGUUCGCCGCGGCAUAGUUCGGUCGAUUACCCUCGAGGAGGCCGAAAUCUCCGCUCACGUGGCGAAAAUCGUUGAGAAGCAGCACGGCAUCACGUUGCAUCCUAAGACAUUGCGUAACGCUUAGAAUGGGAGCCGACUUGUCGCAAUCAAGCAUCCCAAGAAGCCGCGACACUCUCGGAAAAACAUACGCGAUAGGCUGGAAUGGGCGCGUGCCCACGCAGACUGGACGGUCGACGACUAGAAGCGCGUUUUCUGUGCGGAUGAGACCAAGAUCGGUCGUCUUGCAUCCAACUGACUCUCAUACGCCUGCGUUCACGAAGGGACUGCCCUCCAAAGACACCAAAUCAAGCAGACCCGUGACAACGACCCGAAGCACAAGUCGCGUAUCGUACAGGAGUGGCUUUGAGAGUAAGAUUCAGGGGUGCUAGAGUGGCCGUCUUCCUCACCCGACCUCAACCGAAUGGAGCAUUUAUGGGCUCAUCUCAAGAGGCAGCUGGCCAAGCCUUAUAAGCCUCCCACUGUAUGCUAGACCUUUGGGAGCGAGUGCAGGAGAAAUGGGAGAAGAUCCCAGCGGAUGUGUGCACCCACCUGGUGGAAAGCAUGCCCAGGAGGGUGAGGGCGGUGUCUAAGGCGAGAGGGCGGUGGAUUAGGUACUAGUUUGGGGUUGAUGU